ACCCAGAGAGGAGGAGGAGAGAGGAGGUGCUGAAAGGGACUCGAUACCGCCCCCCCCGAAAAAGCCUGGAAGAAUUGCGCUCCGGUAGUGCACCCUGCCUGCCAGUCGGAGGAUGGGGAUUUUUUUCCCAUUCAUCCACGUCCCCCCUUUCCCUCCUCCUUCUCUCAAACAAGCCAGUCGGUCUGUCAAUGUGCUGCGAACAUUAGGGCAAGUCAAACCAGUGGGAUUUUGAGGCAGAGAGACGGAUAACGAAUGAAGCGCUUUCCUCUGGCCGAGAAGCGACGCGUCCCGCUCUCCAAAUGAUGCGCUGCAUCAGAUAGGCGUCAAUUUCCAGCGAGGACUGAUGCUCACAACUCGCAUCUUAUUUUUUAAAAUCACUUCACAAGUUUCACCUUUGUGCGACAUUAUUAGAGUGGAGAUGCUUUUCUAGCUCUUUGGUUUGUUUCUCUCAGUUUUCUUGUGUUGUAGCUUGAAUUGAUUCUUGGACUUAUCAUCGAUUUGGAGCCUGGUUUCUUUUUACAUUUUCAGCGAAUCCGCUGCUGAAGGAUUUGCGGAUUUACAACCCGUGUUCAACCUGUGUAUUUUACAAAGAGGAGAAUAAGGAUUGCAAUGCGCAUUGACUAAGCCCACCGAGCAUCAACAUGUCUUUAUGAGGAUGGAGCCGUGGACACGAGUGACAUCUUUUCCAUUUUAAACGCUUUAUCUUCACAGUUUUGGCCUGAUCUCGACUGUUUCCUUCUAACAGACUGACAAUAUUUCUUUUCUUUGCCUGAUAUGUUGGGAGGUAGAUCUUCUUGCUAGAAAACAAGGUAAUGGGAGAGAAAUCACACAGAGUCGGCACAGAGAACAAGGGAACAUUGUUCGGAAAAAGACAAUUAGGACGCACCGAAAGGCAACAGAAAUAGCUCCUGGGUGGCGAUACAUUCUUUUUUACAAAAUUCGAUUCAGUGGAGUUAUAUUUGAGCUGAGGAGCACUGCUUUGGAAAAAAAGGAGGACUAAUGACAAAUUAAUGGGAAAGUCAUGGGAUUGGCACUGAAAUAGUACGACCGUGGACGCGCAGAAAAACCGUCGUUUUUUUGAGAUCCAGACGCACGGAUUGAACAAGUUUCUCCUGCACAUUUCAGAGUCUGGUUUUGGUUUGAUCCAGUACAAUUUGACGAACUGUGGAUCCAUGAGGUUGUAUGCAGCAGGCUUUCACUUCUCACUUUGACUGCCUCUACCUAUAGCCUGAUCGGCUAUAGUCGCACAUCCAUUGUUUUGAUCGUCUCCUUGCAACAGCAUUGAAACCACAGAAAAUAUUGCCCAUUUCUUUUAAAUGGGGCUACAUAUGCUGGGUGUCAGGGUUGAAAUGGCGUGUCGAGGAAGUGGGAAUGGAUUGGGGAUCCUGCUGGUAUUCUUACUGGAUUUACUGGGGACAACGGCCAGCAAUAUGGAGCCCAUCUACUGGAAUUCCCUGAAUGAAAGGUUCAGGGACGAUAAGGGCUACGUUCUGUACCCUCAGAUCGGGGACCGGCUGGACCUCAUCUGCCCUCCGCUGGACACCGCCAGGUCCACGCCAGACUACGAGUUCUACAAGCUCUACCUUGUGUCGUCGCGGGAACAGGCGGACCGCUGCGAGGUGACCGGCCCCCCCAACAUUGUGCUGACCUGCGACGAGCCCACCCGCGAACGUCGCUUCACCAUCAAGUUCCAGGAGUUCUCGCCCAACCUCUGGGGCCACGAGUUCAAGAGCAUGCACGACUACUACAUCAUCGCUACGUCAGAUGGGACGCGCCAAGGCCUGGAUAGCAUGAGAGGCGGAGUGUGUGCCACGCAAGGCAUGAAGGUGGUCCUGAAAGUGGGGCAGAGCCCAUAUGGGCUGCCUCCGAAGAAGGAGCCGCCAGCGGGACGCACCACCAGCAGAAACCCAGGCGGCGCAGGGAACUCCACCCAGUCUCGAGGAGCCAAUAGCUUCGGGGGUGAGGGCAGUGGUGAGAAUGGGCCCCUUCAACCCUCCAACAUCGCCCUCAUCGCUGGCGCCGCAGGAGGCUCUGCCUUCCUCCUGCUGGUAACCGCUGUGAUCUGCGUGGUGUGUUACAGGCGGCGGCACGCCAAGCACUCGGACACCCACCACCCUCCGCUGUCGCUGUCCUCGCUCACCAGCCCCAAGCGGGGAGGGGGCGGCGGCAUCACCAGCUCCAACAACAACGGUUCUGAGCCCAGCGAUAUCAUCAUCCCUCUGCGGACAUCGGACUCAGCCUACUGCCCGCACUACGAGAAGGUGAGUGGAGACUACGGACAUCCCGUCUACAUCGUCCAGGAGAUGCCGCCUCAGAGCCCGGCCAACAUCUACUACAAAGUAUGAGACAGCCGCAGCUCCGGCUGACUGGACACAUCCACCUCCCUCUACCCAUUACCAACCAAUCCCCUGCUCCAAAUGAAGCCACAGCAAAGCUCGCCAUCACAGCUCUGACCCUGAACCCCUCAAUACUACCUGUAUUGUCCCAUGGACCCCCACUCACUGCCCGUGAGCCCUGUCACAGUUGUGUUUCUAGCUGAAUAAACCACCCAACCCCAUUCUCACACAACUGGGCCACCAAGUGUGUGUGUGUUAAGGGCAGUGUCGUAUUCCUACAUAGCCCUUCUUAACAAGGCCCUCACGAAUGGGCAAGAGCCUCUGAGUGCCCCCUUCUUGUUAACUCAGAGCUAAAUGAGCGCCACCCGUGCUGAAUUGAAGAGUCGUCCCCAUAACACCAGUAUGUGUGUGUGUGUUUGUGGCAACACACUUUGUUUCUAGGAGUAUGGAUCUGGUGUUGGGACUUGAGAUGUUUUACAAAAGAAAAAAAGAGAAAAGGACUACAAUUUAAUAAAAAAAAAACUACACCCCUGAUCCCACUUAGCCGGAGAACUCUGAUUCCCAGAGGCCAUACCUGCCUAGCUCACCGCCCCACCCCUCAGAGCUCCAUCAGCCAACCAGAGACCGGCCCCGCCACUAACUCACCAAUAGGAUUCUAGUUUGUUUGUGUUUGUUUCUCCUGAGAAAAUAGGGGCCUCUGACGCGCCCAAUCAGCAAACCCGGGUGGCGGUCACAUGACCAGGCCCAGGCCUCUGGAGGUCUGACCAAUCGGUGACACUCAGAAUCUUGUAUAUUUUAAUAAUGUGUGUAUGUGUGCGUGUGACUGUGAGUGUGCAUACGACUUGGAUAAUAAUUAUGGCGCUGCUGCUCCACAUUAGACGUGUGUGUGCAGUGAGUGUGCUUCAGUACAGCAAGUUUGCAUAUGAGUUUGCAUAUGCGUGUGUGGGGUUUAGUUUGUGUGUGUGCACGCUUUGUUCGUGAGUGACUGUGUGUACGUGUGCGUUCUUUAGACUUGUCUUAAAUACCAAAACACAAAAUAGUGAGCGAAUAUCAAAAAAGUGAGAUUUUUUAUCGCUAUCAACACUUAUAGAUUAUAUAUAUGAAUAUCCAGUAAAUAAUUUCUAGAUGUCUUUUUCUGUUUUCUAUUGUUUUAUUAUUUUUACCCACUCUGUUGAACUACACUUCUGUUGCUAGACAUUUUUUAUCUGCUGUUUUUGUUUUUCACAACUUAGAAUGACCUUAUUUCCUUCCUUUUCCCUUUGCGUUGUAUAUUAAUUUAAUCCCUUUUUUAAUUUUCCCGGCGAACAGAGGUUGUGUCUCUCUUCCUCUCUUCCCUCUCUCAUUCACUCCCCCUUCCCCCCUCCCCCUCCCCCUCCCACCCCUCUAGGGUCUUUGAACUCUGUGUAUAUUUUUAUAGCUCCUUGUACUAUGCUGUAGUUUUGAAGUUUAGACCUCGUUUGUGGAAGUGUUGAGGUAGAACCAUCUAUGAAAGUUUUUUUUUUUUCAAACGCUUUUUUUAACGCAGAAGUGAAAAGAAGUGAGGGGCGGGGGGGUGAAAUGAAAAAGAAGAAUAAAGGAAAAAGAACAGGGCGAGAGAGAGUGCUGUCUGGGGAGGAGGAAUAAAGCGGCAUCUGAAUGCAGAACUUUAAAAAAAAAAAGAGGGAGGGAGGGAAACGAGGAAAGAAAAGACUGUGAAGGAAUUGUACACUAAAGAACAAGAAGCUGAGGAAAGGGGAGGAUGGGAGCAGCAGGAGUGAGAGAUGAAGGAUCCCAAGGAAGAACGGAUGGAGAGAACAGAUGAAAGAAUGGCUGGUGAAGGAGAGAAACCUUUUCUUUGAAAGGAGGGUCUGAGCCUCCUGAACAGAGGUGAUGGACCAACAGCCAAAAUGGAUUUCGGAGGAGCUGAACUUUAACCAUGGAAAGGAGAGAUCUCAUCACACACACUCUCUCUCUCUCACAAACACACACACACACACACACACACAUCUACCGUGACUCAGUCACACUUUACGUUAACGUGAGGUGGCACAUUCCAGAUUUGCUCGUCCUUUCCGCCAACAUUUGUGUUGAAAUGUAUCUCUGUGUAUCACACACACACGCACUCUCAUUUCUUAUAACGGCACACACAGUGCAUUGCUAGCUGCGGACACACAAGAGAAAUCCCCCCAGGCAGUCAGUACACUCUGUUUCUCUCUGUUUAACACACACAUACACACCCUCCCACACAACCUAACACAAAUUUCACACCUUUUAAUGACUGUCACAAAUGCCUACUGAUUGCAUUGAGUGACAUACAUUCUCUCUCGCUCCCACUUGCUUUCUCUCAGACACAUUCAUAUGCACACUUUCACCCACACUCGACAAAAAUGCUGAUUGCUUUCAUAUGACUCUGUAGUUCCAUGAUUAAGACUAACCCGAUGGACAUGGGAGGGAUAAAAAGAACGUUUGUGUGCGGUGUGUUUUCUCCUCUCUUUCACACACCCUCACAUACACACGCACACACACACACACACUCAGACAAACACGCUAGUGCCCAGCACCUCAAUCUAGAGGGCAGUAACACAACGCUGUGUUCAGAGGUGCAAUAUGUUCACAUGUGCAUACUAAAAAAGCUGUUUUGUGUUGCUCAAACAUGUUUAUGGCUUAAAUGUAAACUCGGUGGCAGUGGAGCUCUUAAGCUUUUAUUUUUUUCAGACACACACACAUAAGGCCUCCAGUGAUGUAGCCAUGUUUUUUGUGUGAAGCCAGUGUUAAAUCUGGACCUUACAACAUUUCUCAACUGUGUUUUGUAUCAGUAUCUAACAUCAUAUAAUGAGAUAUCUUUCAUAAAGUGUCACAUUCGUCUGAAAUGACUUUGUUCAACACAUGAUGAUGCUGUUCAGAUAUGUUUUUAUACCAUGAAUGAGUUUGGAUUGUAUUUGACUGUAUCAAAAUUGAUUUCAAAGAUGAAAUGAGGGGGAAAACGCCUCAAAUUCUUCUUUUUGUACAACUACCGGCUUGUGUUUUUUAUGUAUGCUGUUAAGUCUAUGUCUAUUUAAACAUGCUCAGAGUACCUAAAAUAUCCUCCAAGCCAAAUGAAGUGUCUGUAUCUCUCUCUUCAACAACUUCUGCAACUCUUUGGAGCAUUCCAUUCUAAAAUGACAGUAUUUUGUUCAAAAAUGGCUGCUGCCGCGAGGGGGAAAACGAAACUUCUCGGACUUUACGGCGUCAACUCUGACAAAGAAGCCACUGCCCUGUUUUCAGUCCAUUUCGCUCCCUCUCCCCCCUCCCUCUCAGCAAAAUGUCAAGUAUCUCUUGGAAAAUGUUUUUUUUUUGUUUGAUUUUCAUAUCGAUGUUAUUUCAAAGUUUUGUCUCUGGCUCUCACUGUUUGUGUUUGACUGGUCGACUCAACGUGUUGGCUUUUCUAAAAACCACGGACACAGCCACUGGUUGUCAUUUUGAAAAGAGAAAGAAGAAAGUGCUGUUUCUAUGGAACGGGGGAGAGAGAAAAAAAAAAAGCAGCUACCGCCGAGCUCCCUCACCUCUCCAUUGGUGAAAGUGUGUGUAUGUGUGUACAUGUGUGUGAGUGUGUCUUUCUUUGUGCCAAUAGACAGCAAGUGGAGGCCGCGGAGUGAGGUGGCUCUCGUAUGUAACGUGUUGAGACUUUGUAUUUGGGACACCUCUGUGUGAGAAGGGUUUUUUGUGUCCUCUACUCCUCUUCUUCUCUCCUCCUUACCCCCUUGCCUACUCAUCACGACGACCCCUGAACCUCACCCACCCCCACCCACCCACCCCUCCCCCCUGUGCCCUUGCCCCUCCCCUCCAACACACCUCUAAGGAGAGGAAAAAAACUAGUACAUUCCUGGUUUGGAAAAAAAGGUUGAAUAAAAAAAACAAACAAAAAUGUUUAAGCACCACU